GGUAAACUGUGUUCAGUCAGUGUUUGGUUAUAGAACAGGCAAGUUGCAUCAAAUGCGUCUGCUGAACAAAUCAAAAUGGAUAAGGCUAUUCUUGUAAUUGUGGUGGUUGCAGCAUUCUUUGUGAACGAUGUUGUUCCUGUGAAAUACGUUCCGAAGUGGAAGAAACAGGCUUGCGAAAUGCCCUCUUCACAAAACGAAUAUUCCCACUACACUUGCGAUGAUAACGGAGACGUAAAGUGUUUACCGGGUUGGCAGGGAGAUUUGUGUGACGUUCCCAUUUGCAGAAAGGGUUGUGAUCCACUUCAAGGAUAUUGUAACCGACCGGGCGAAUGUCGUUGCAAGCUCGGAUUUUACGGUGAACUUUGUAAAAGUUGCAUUCCACUACCGGGAUGCCAGCACGGAAGCUGUAACGUUUCUUUCGAAUGUGUUUGCAAAGCUGGAUGGGAUGGUCUGUUUUGCAGUGAACCUAUUUGCCGCAAGGACUGUCAUCAAACAAGAGGAUAUUGUGAGUCACCGGGUGAAUGUCGUUGCAGAUUGGGAUGGGCGGGACCAACGUGCAAGGAAUGUCAAGUAUUACCGGGAUGUCAGCAUGGAACAUGCUCAAAGCCAUUGGAAUGCAAAUGUCUACCGGGAUACACUGGAAUUCUUUGCCAAAGUCCCAUUUGUGCCGCAAAUUGUCAUCAAACCAGAGGGUAUUGUCGCAGGCCUGGUGAAUGCCGUUGUAAAGUUGGUUGGACUGGUGAAAAUUGCUCAAAAUGUCAUCCCUAUCCAGGAUGCAAGAAUGGCGAUUGCAGACGACCAUGGGAAUGUAACUGUAAGACAGGAUGGGGAGGCAUGCUUUGCGAUGAACCACUAAACUACUGCGAAGAGAAUCCGAACACCUGCGAAAACGGUGGAAAAUGUACAUCGUUGAUCAAGGACGACGGGCAUUUCAAAUGUGAAUGUCCCUCAGGCUAUCGUGGCCAGAAAUGCGAAAUUCUACCACCGAUGAUGACUACGACCUCUACAUCAACCGUUGAACCGGCAACCAUGGAUCCAUCGGAUGCUGCGGAAGAGGGCGAAAACGAUACGGACAACGAAGCGUAGAGUGAAAAGGCAAUUCUCGAUUUGCUGAAAAUUUAUUUAUUUAUUUAUUUGAACAUGACCUACUUAAGCGGUAA